AUGGCGUUCGCCACCAUGCCGAUCAUGAUCUCCGUCGUCCUGCUUAUUCUCGCCGGAGCCGUGGCGGCGGCGCCUCCUCCCACCGCAGGAGGGCCGCCUAAGGCGCCCGUGACUCCACCGGCGGGGCCGCCUAAGGCGCCCGUGACUCCGCCGGCAGGGCCGCCGAAGGUUCCCACGCCUCCUUUGACAGGGCCACCCAAGGGAGCGUCGCCUCCGGCGGCGGCCGGCCCGCUCAAGUUCCCGGCACUCCUUGCUUUCGGCGACUCGGUGGCGGACACGGGCAAUAACAACUACGUGAGAACCAUCGUUAGGGCCAACUUCCCGCCCUACGGCAAGGACUUUGCCGGGCACAAGGCCACUGGCAGGUUCUGUGACGGCAAGGUCAGCGUAGAUUUCCUAGCGUCGGCACUUGGUGUGAAGGAACUGCUCCCGCCGUACCUGAAGAAGGACCUCUCCCUGGAGGAGCUUAAAACCGGCGUGAGCUUCGCAUCGGCGGGGAGCGGCUACGACAACUCCACCUGCAGGACCAUGUCGGCGCUGACGAUGGAGCGGCAGCUGCAGAUGUUCCAGGAGUACAAGGCCAAGGUGGGCGGCACCAUCCCAGACAAGACCCUCUACCUCCUCGUGUGGGGCAGCAACGACAUCGUGGAGCACUUCACCUUCGCGGACGGCAUCACGGAGCCCAACUACGCCGACUACCUGGUCAAGCGCGCCAUCUCCUACAUCCAGUCCCUCGUCGACCUCGGCGCCAAGAGGGUCGCCCUCACGGGGAUUCCCCCCGUCGGCUGCCUGCCCUCGCAGCGUAUGAUGGCCGGCGGGAUCCGGAAGCAGUGCGCCACCGACCGCAACCAGCUCUCCAUCAUGUUCAACCGCAAGGUCAGCCAGGAGAUGGCCACGCUCAACGCCAAGCUCCCCGGCGUCACCCUCGUCUACAUCGACCUCUACGGCAUCUUCACCGACAUGAUCGAGAGGCACGACGCGCUCGGCUUCAAGAACGGCAAGGACGCAUGUUGCGGAUACAUCGGACUCGCGGCAGCCGUGCUCUGCAACUUCGCCAGCCCGCUCUGCCCCGACCCCUCCAAGUACAUCUUCUGGGACAGCUACCACCCCACGGAGGCCGCAUACAAGGUCAUCAUCGACAUGAUCGUCGACAAAUACUUCAAAUACAUGCACUAG